CUCAGCUGUGCUUGCGACUUUACCAACACUGUAGGUUAGUUUAACAACAAAUCCAUAAAUUUAUGUAAUUUUUAAGCAUAAAUGGCUCUAACAAAAGUUUACGAUGCCGCCACAGUAUUCAAACACUUGAAUGGCAUUUUAAAUGUGUACAAGCCGGCCGGCGUGAAAGCGAAGCAGGUGCGCAAUGCCAUCCUUAGCAACAUUUGCAGAGGACUCAACGAAAUGGAACAGCGUGAGCCUAGGAAGUUACCGAGAGACAGACCGCUCCUUGGCACUGGCACCGCCGCUGACAGCGUACUUUACAACAUAGCUAACUAUGAGGACCUCUCGGAUAACGUCCUGGCUGCGGGGCCGCGCUACAUGCCAAGGGACAUACGCUGCGCCACGGUGUCUAGGCUGGGCGAUCACACCAGCGGGGUCUUGCUCUUUGGGAUCAACAAGGGAAUAGGACAAUCCGGCUGCAUUCGGAGAAACCAAUUGGUGCGAGUUUACCACAUCACCGGCUGUAUGGGCACUGCCACAGAGAACCACCUACCAGACUCGCACAUCACAGUACGAUCAAACUAUAGGCACGUAUCUGCGGACAGGAUCAGCGGCCUAGCCGCCUCCAUGCAGGCCUCGCAUCAGAGAAAGAUGUUCGAGCUUUGUGGCGUGGACCUGCAGACCCAGGAGGCCUACGAACUCGCCUGCAAGGGCCUUCUACGUCCGUCGGACGACAGCCAGCCCGUCAUCUACGGCAUUAAGCUAAUACGCUUCGAGGGUCCCUACUUCACUCUAGAACUCCAUGGCAUCAACGAGACGCAAGAGUACUUGGCCGCCCUGGUGCACGACAUGGCCCUGGAACUGCGCACCGUUGCACACUGCUCACAGAUUCGCUGUGUCCGUCACGCACACUUUGAUGUCAGGGAUAGCUUGCUGAGACAUGGCUGGCACUUGCCCGGAAUCAUAAAAAAUCUACGCCAACAGCGGGAGAUUUUGCGGGCGCACCCUGAAAUUCUGCGGCAGGAUCGAGUGGAGCUGCACGCUUAAGUCUCCUGAAGAUCCUAUCAGCUUGUAAAUAAAACCGCUUUCGAAUUCUUACUUACUAGUA